AUGAAGAACGAUCCGUUUCCCUUUUCGGAUGCACCUUCGACAAUGUCGAGUAAACCGCUAGCUCCACCUACACCAUCGUUGAUAGAAUUGCCUACUUGUCCUGUAUGCCUCGAGCGUAUGGACGAGACAUCAGGUUUACUUACGAUUCUCUGCCAGCAUGUUUUUCACUGCACUUGUCUACAGAGAUGGAAAGGAAGUGGGUGCCCGGUCUGUCGGUAUACGCAGGACGAUCUAGGGAAGCGGAAUGUCAACUUUGCCAUGGAUGAGGGACCGAGCGAGUGUAGCGUCUGUCAUUCAGAAGUUAAUCUCUGGAUAUGUCUGAUAUGCGGCAACAUCGGGUGUGGGCGGUACGAUGGAGCGCACGCCUUCGAUCACUACAAGGAAACAUCCCACUCGUUCGCCAUGGAUCUCACCUCCCAGCGUGUCUGGGAUUACCUAGGAGACGGCUAUGUCCACCGUAUCAUCCAGGGUAAAUCAGAUGGCAAGCUCCUAGAACUUCCAGCCAGGGGAGACAGCGCGCUCGAUCCUCCAGACUGGAGCGACGCCGUACCGCGAGAAAAAUUCGAAAACAUCAGUGUCGAGUAUACCCACCUACUCACAAGCCAACUUGAGAGCCAGCGCGUUUACUUUGAAGAGCAAGUUGAGCGUGCCGCAGAUAAAGCUUCCAAGGCCAGCGCAAGCGCCAUAUCCGCCCAGGAGGCAGCAGAACGGCUUGCCAGAGAUAUGGAGAAGCUACAGUCGCAGUAUGAUAGUUUAACUCGAGAAACCAUCCCGUCUCUGGAGCGUGAUAAGGCGCGUGCCGAGCGCCGAGCAGAAAAGUUUGAGUCCAUGUCUCGGACGAUGGAGAAGCAGUGGCGUGAAGAGAAGACGAUGAAUGCCAGCUUAAUGGAGCGAGUAGAGUUUCUUGAUGCAGAGGUGUCCAAACUGAAGGCCGCAAACGAGGAUCUGGCAGAGCAGAAUCGGGAUCUUACAUUCUUCAUUAGCGGGACUGAACGGUUGAAGAACCAAGGCGAAGAUGUUGUGGAGGGAACAGUCAGCGUUCCAGAUCCCCCGACAUCAAGUUCGAAGCGGAAGGGAAAACGCAAGGCAAAGAAGUAG